AUGCAGCAGCGGAAGCGGGCCGGGCCUCGCCAGCUCCUCGAGCUCGUCAAGAUCACCCAUGCUGUGCAGUCGCUGACGUCCAGCUACACGUACCUUCCGCGCCGGUACACGGUUCCGGCGGAGGCGCCGUGGCCGACGAGCCUGCGCGGCAAGACCGUCAACCUCACCACGUUCUGCACCGCGUACGCCCAGCACAAGCUGCCGCCGUCGAUGCAGUCGGCGCUCGACGCGAUGAACUUUGUCUACGACCUGCGCGACCUCAAGUGGGCGCAGCACCUCAUGGCACUUCGCGCGUACAAGGCAAUAUCCGGCGAUCUCGACGUCCCCGCUGACUUUGUAGUACCCUCCAACGACGCCGCGUGGCCACGCGACAUAUGGGGCCUCAAGCUCGGCCGCGUCCUCUCGAGCCUCCGCGCCAAGAUCACCGAGCUGCCGGACGCGCGCCAGCGGCAGCUGCAGUCGAUCGGGCUCUUGGCAACAUACGACUCGUGGUACGAUACCUUGCUGGCGCUGCAGGUCUACAAGAACCUCCAUGGCCACAUGCGGGUGCCCCGAACGUUCGAAGUGCCGGGAGACUCGCCCGAGUGGCCCGACGACCUCUGGCACAUGAAGCUUGGCAUGAAGGUCGCGUAUCUCCGCGCGCGGGCCGAGAAGCUACCUCCCGCCAAGCGUGCGCAGCUCGACGACCUCGGGUUCCUCUGGUGCGGCGCGGUCGAGUGGGACCUUCUGCGUCAAGCGCUCGUGACGUACAAGGCGCUUCACGGGCACACGCGCAUGCCAGCAAACUUUACGAUACCGGCGUCCGACGCGCAAUGGGCGCCCGAGCUGUGGCACCUGCCGCUCGGCGAGGAGGUGCACGCGCUGCAGACGUCCACGACCCUCUCAUCGGACCAGGUUGCCGAGCUCGAGGCCCUCGGCGUCCUCGGCAUCCUCCAGCCCAAGACAAUCGACUGGCCCACCAAGCUCGCCGCGCUGACCAUCUACCACGGCCUCCACGGCCACGCCAACGUGCCGCACCGCUUCAAGGUGCCCGACCGCAGCGCACUCUGGCCGCAGCGCUUUUGGCAGCUCAAGCUCGGGGCAGUCGUGCAAGGCCUGCGCCACAGCCCGCCGCCGAGCGCCGACAAGAUGGACGCGCUCGCGAACCUCGGGUUCGCGUGGACCGUGAGUGCGUACUCGUGGGAGAACAAGCUCGUUGCGCUGCACAGCUUUGGUCGGCUGCACGGGCACCUCCGCGUGCCGGGCGGUUUUGUCGUACCGAGCGACAAGGCGUGGCCGACCUCGACGUGGACGCUCAAGCUCGGGCACAUUGUCAGCGGCUUCCGGCGCAACCGACGCCGACUGACGCUCGCGAUGCGCGCGCAGCUGGACGCGCUUGGGUUUCUCUGGCACGAAGCGCUGCAUUGGACCACGUUCGUGGCCGCCGUCGCCGCCUUCCACGCGCUGCACGGCCACGCCAACGUGCCCUGCUCCUUUGUCGUCCCUGCCACCAAGAUUUCAUCCACCAAAAAGGACAGCAACAAGAGCGACGACGACGACGAUGCGCUGUGGCCUGCCAGCGCUGCGGGCCUUCCGAUCGGGCGGUCGCUGCGUCGACUGCGGGCGCUGGCACACGCUGGCUUCCUCGACGUGGCGAAAAAAGCGGCGCUGGAAGCGGUCGGUGUCCGGUGGCGCCACGAGGCGACGGCGACGGUUCCGAUCCACGCCGCCCUGACCAUCUACCACCGCAUUCACGGCCACGUCCGCGUGCCACCGACGUUUCUUGUGCCGCCUGUCGACUCGGCGUGGCCUCAAACGCUGUGGCGCUUCCGCCUCGGCGCGUACGUUGAGCUGCUUCGGUGCGCCGAGGACGGAGUCGCGUCCAGUCUCAUCGCGGAGCUGACGGCCUUGGGCGUGACGCACUGGAAUAGCGCGGUGGACGCUCAGUGGAGUACCGUCUUUGCCGCGCUUUCGUUGGCCAAGAGUCAGGAAGGCCACUUGGAUCUGCCAUCGCGCCUCCUCUUGCCGGUCGAGUGCGACCUGUCGAGCGCGGCGUCGACGGUGUCGUUGGAGCCCGACACGGCGGGGAUCGAUGUCGGCGGUCUUGUUGCCCGGCUCCGCGCGCUUCGGUAUCUCUUGCCUCGCGACCGCCGGCGCGAACUCGAGGCCCUCGGCUUUCAAUGGGCAUCGCCGGCCGCAGACGACGUUCUCCGCGUCUACCGCCAACUGCACGGUGACGUCGACGUGCCACCGUCGUACUGCGUCCCGACGCUCGACCCGCGCUGGCCCGUCGAGAUGGCGGGCUACCCGUUGAGCUACAGGUUGCACCAUGCCGUCGCCAGUUCCAGCCCACCAAACUCGACCUACGCGACUGAGCCGUCGUGGGCGCUCGAGGUCGGCGCGCUCCAAGUGUACAUGCGUCAGCACCGGUCGCCCGACGUGCCGAGCGACUUUGUCGUACCGUGUGACGACCUGCGAUGGCCGUCGGCGCUGUGGCGACUGCCACUCGGCGCCCUCGCCCUCACGUGGCAUGCGUCCGAACCGUAUCUCCCGUUUGCCCAGUGGCGCGACUUGACGGACGCCGGGUUUCCCUGGGCGCCGCUGGACGUCGACUGGGACGUCGCCUACGCCGCCUUGUCGACGUACGCGCGUCUCCACUCGACGCAUUGGCGCGACGUACCGUGGACGCUGACUGUGCGGCGCGGCGACACGGCGUGGCCGAGCGAGACGUGGGGCUUCCGCGUCGGCUAUUUCGUCGCCAAGCUGCGCGCCCACGACGUCGUCUUGCUCCCCACCGAGUGGGCGAUCGUCGAAGCGCUCGGUGUGCUGUCGUAG